GUGUGACGUUACAUUUCGAUACAUUUCCGAAACGCCGCAAACGCCCACCCGAUAAAAAAAAAAAAAUAUAAUUUUAUAGCCGGCAACGAUACAAUAAUAUAAUACAUUAUCUAGGUACUGCUAUAUCGUCCUCGGUCUGCGUUAUCCUCAGCUCGGAAUAUCCUUUAUCGAGACCGCGUGCCUGCUGGGUAGGCAACUAUGUGUAGGUACACAUAACGACGCGGCCGAAACCUUAGGACGGGAUUGCGAACGACAGUUAAUUAAAUCUCGUUAUUUUCUCAUUUAUAUCGUGUAAGCCGCGGUUUAGAUAUGAAAAGUUCAAAUUACGGUUAUAAUUACUUUUAUUUUUCUUGUCACGCGGGUUUCGUAACAGUUUUUAAUAGUGCAUAGGCCCCCGAUAUUAAACUGAAAAAAACCGUGUUCCGGGUGGUGUACCGCCUAUAUAGUUAAACAUCUUUAUUUUUAUUUUUUCGUCCCCAGAGUGCGUCUGAUCCGGUUGACAAAUAACAAUAUGCGUUCAUAGUUUUUUGUGUAUGUGAUGAAACAAAUUCCAGACCGAUUAUACGUUAUUACAGAGCGCGUGUACGUCAAAACUGUUCCCAACGAUUUAUUCCAGAUUAACGUAUUAUAUUAUAUAUUAUAGUAUUAUUAUCAUUAUAAUGUUCGUUGCGUUUGUACGGUUGUUUGGGGAGAAGGGGUCGGAUAUUGUGUGUCAGUAUACAUAACGGUUCGUACCAUCUCCAAUAACCAAGUUCGAGUGUGAGCACUGAACACCGUCAGACUCUGAUAACGUGUAAAAAAGCAUACACCUUUUCUGACCAAUUCACCCAUCGUUGCCGUCCGCUUAGCACAAUAUCGAUCAAUUCACCUUUGCACGGUAGUCUCUCAAUUGUACCGACGAGGGCUGUGUUCGGCGGUUUUGUUGUUCUUCCACGAGUGAUGAUUAAUUUUAAUUUUUAAUACGCGAAUUUAAGUUCGAUAUUUCUGAAGAACGUCAAGAAGCCCGAGACAAUCCCGGACAAUUUCGGCGUAGAUUACAAAUAAAUUUUUCCAAAAAUGGCUGAAACACAAUCAAAUAUCCAAGAGUUUUUUAAAAAUAAAUCUGUCUUUGUCACCGGAGGUACCGGCUUUCUUGGUAAACUAAUCAUUAACAAAUUGAUUAGAUCAUGUCCUCAGAUCAAACAUAUAUAUCUACUUGUAAGGGACAAAAAGGGGAAAAAUGCGCAAGACAGACUAGAGGAUAUAUUUAAAAUGCCGAUAUUUAAAGACAUCGAUGAUUCAAAAUUAAAAAAAAUUAUUGCACUCAGAGGUGACUGUAGCCAAUCAGAUUUGGGACUAUCUAUCGAAGACCUGAAUACGUUAAUCAAAGAGGUAAAUGUCAUAUUUCAUAGUGCAGCCACAGUUCGGUUUGAUGAACGUCUUGAUAUUGCAAUUGGAAUAAACGUAAUCGGCGCCAGAGAAAUCAUAAAACUUGCUCACAAACUUGAUAAUCUUGAGUCGUAUUUGCAUGUCUCGACGGCUUUCUCCAACUGUCAUAAUAAACGUAUUGAAGAAAAGUUUUAUAAUCUACCAUAUAGCUAUGAAAAACUCAUACAUCUAUACAAAACAAAAAGUUCAAAUAUACUCGAAAAAAUGAAACCUUUCCUAUUGGGACCCAUGCCAAACACUUACGUCAUGACGAAAGCGGCUGCUGAACAACUGAUAAAGCGCGAAGCCAAGGGUCUUCCCGUCACGAUAGUCCGUCCGGCAAUCGUGACAGCGACCGCCAACGAACCUCUGCCGGGCUGGAUUGACAAUUUGUACGGACCAACGGGCAUCGUGACUGGCGUGAUGACGGGGAUAAUAAAAUCUCUGCCAUGCGACGUAAAUGCCGUCACGGAUCUGGUGCCGGCCGAUUUGACUGUGAAUGCGCUAAUAGCCGCGUCCUGGGACACAAACGUCAGACAUCGCAGUACCGAGCUGAGCGAAUCGAUCGAAAAACACACGGAAGACCCCCGCAUCUACAAUUUCGUGUCGUCGCCCGAAAACCCGUUGACUUGGGGAAUAUUUUCCACGACCCUGAUGUACUACAUCUUGCACCGGCCCACGGCCAAAGCCAUGUGGUAUCCGACGUUGAUAAUGAACUCGUCGGUGUUUUUACACAAGAUCACCGUGCUGGUAUUGCACUAUCUACCCGCGUUCCUGUUGGAUUUAGUGUUCAUUUGCACUGGAAAUAAACUCAGAUUAGUCGAUCAAUACAAGAAAAUAGGAAAAUUCACUGACAUACUGGAAUACUUUUCUACGAGGGAAUGGAUCUUUUGUAAUAAAAACGUACAAAGUUUGUGGAACAAUUUAAGCAAAGACGACAAAACGCUGUUUCCAUUUGAUAUAAAACAGAUGCAUUGGGAAGAGUACUUGGAUACAUACCACAAAGGAAUAAUGACAUUUUUACUCAAAGAAGGACCGGACAAGUUACCGGAGGCCAGAAAACGUCUUCACGGUUUAUAUAUUUGUCAUAUGAUCUUCAAAGGUGCAGUCUACAUAGGACUCGUGAUGUUAUUAUGGGUGAUUUUAAAAAGAAUGUUUUUAGCUUAAUUGUGACUAACAUGGAUGUAUGUACUACAUGAUUACAAGUAAGCUUGGAUUCAAUUUUAAUCACAUUAAACAUAUAGCUACCAUGAAGUACAAGAUUCAGUAAAUAUGUUUUACAAGUUGUUAUCCUUUUUUGACAAAUCAAACAAACCAUUACCUAUUUAAUUUUGUGUACCUUAAUUUAUUGUCAUAUAUUUAUGUAUAAUAUAUUUAUAUUUUUUUUAUUGUCAAUUUCAAAUCUAAAUCGAGUUAUAUUCAUAAUUUAAGGAGUUCCUGAUAAUUAAUCAAUUAAGUUUUUUUACAUUAGAUAGUAAAUGUAUAAUAUUAUGUGUUAAGUAUUAAUGUAAAAAUUGUAUUACAUUUAAGUUACAUAUUAAUUAUAUAGGUAUUUAUUUUAUAUAUAUAUAUAUUUGUUAACUCAAAAUGUAUUAUUCUGUAAGGUUAGAUUAAAUAAUUUAUUGAUUCGUUUAUCAUUUAAAAUUAUUUUUAGAACUCAAAAAUUAUUAAAAAAUAUUUAUUUUAAUGUUAGAUAUUAUAAAAUAAAUUAUAAAGUUUAUAGGUAAUAUGUAUAUAUAUAAUAAUAUUGCAUUAAUUAUUAUAUUUGAAAAUCAUAAGCAAUUUAGCUAAAAUGAAUAGAAUUUAUAAUAAUUAAAUAAAUGUUUAUUAUCAUUAUGGUAAUACAUAUCAGUGUCUAAUUUAAAACAUACAUGUUCAUAACAAAUAGCUCUUAUUAGAUUAAUUAAAUAAUACUGUUAUAGUUGUUAUACUUUAUAAUUUAUACUUGUAUUGUCUUAAAAAUUCUAUUGACUUAAACCAAGUCGUGUGUAAGAGUGGAAGCAAUAAUAAAAUUAUGGAUAUCUUGUCUAAUAACAAUACAAUUAAUUAACUUUAUAAUAUUUUCUUUUAGGCUACCAUUAAUUUUCCAAUUUAUUGGAUUAUUUGGCUUAUGAUGUGCAAAUGAUUUGUAAUAACCACUUGUCACUCCGAUACUGAUACCUAUGUGUAAAUCACUAUUAUAUUUAAAUAUAAUAGUCUCAAUAAAUGUAUGUAAUAUACUGUAUGAUAGAAAAUUUAGAUAUAA